AUGGCCGCCAGAUUGAUGAUGCGAGCAUGCCAGGUACAAGUAUCUUGUACUUGUCCAUACACGGCCACCCCCGAACCGCCCCGGAGAAGGGUCGUGGCGGAACGGUCACGGCGGAUUAUGCCACGAAACCAGGCGGGAGACAUGUUGUUGACGACAGACUGUACCGGACCUGCGUACCCUCCCAGGCCACAAGUAGUACAUGGUACACACUACUUGCAUGGCUUCAAAGUGGUUGACCACACGGUCCUGCGGUGGCAGAACUGCGGUCUGAACAGUCAGCCUGCCCGCCAGCCAGCUGCCGUCAUUGGCGGUACUGCCUGGUCUGACAAAGGAUGGGCUGACCAUGGCUGCUCCUCAGUAAGCCGGCGAAGGGCUGUACACGUACUCUGGGCAUGUGUCGGUUUCCCAAGGCAGGCCGUGGGUCGCACAGCAAAACGGCGCAGUCUCCGCCCUGCAAACGGAGUGGCCCAUUGGCGGACGGAGACAGGAUGA